AUGGAAAAUCACGUGUCUGGGCAAAGCAACAAGCCCAUGAGCAAGCCUGCUCAUGCCUUGAACCGCGAUAUCUUGGUCCAAGAGCUGUCGGCUGAUGCUGAAAAUGGCUUCUCUAAAUCACAAGCCAGCGAGAAGCUGAACGAGUUCGGUCGGAAUGAACUUGACGAUGGGCCUGGUGUUCAGCCCAUCAAAAUCCUUAUUCGCCAGGUCGCCAAUGCCAUGAUGUUGGUCCUGAUUAUGGCCAUGGUGGUGUCUUUUGCCAUCAAGUCAUGGAUUGAAGGGGGUGUUGUUGCCGCCGUCAUCGCCUUAAACAUCAUUGUCGGAUUUCUGCAGGAAUUCCAAGCUGAAAAGACUAUGGACUCCUUGCGCUCGCUCAGUUCACCCACCGCCAACGUUGUUCGCGACGGAAGCACCAUCAACGUUCCCACCGCCGAGCUUGUGGUCGGAGAUCUUGUCGAGCUAAAGGUUGGAGACACUGUUCCGGCUGAUUUGAGAAUCAUUGAAUCUAUCAAUCUUGAGACUGACGAGGCACUCUUGACCGGCGAGUCUCUUCCUGUAGCCAAAGACGAAGAAGCAGUCUUUGAUGAGGAUACUGGUCCUGGCGACAGACUGAACGUCGCCUACAGCUCUUCGACUGUCACAAAGGGUCGCGCUCAUGGUAUUGUUUACGCAACUGGCAUGUACACUGAGAUCGGCUCUAUUGCGCAAAGUUUGCGACAAAAGGAUUCCAAGCGACGCCCGGUCAAGCGCCGAGACGACGGUACUGCAUCUCCUCUUCGCCAUGCACAGGCCUGGACCUUGACUGGGGCCGACUUCAUUGGACAUUUCCUCGGCGUCAAUGUGGGAACUCCACUGCAAAGAAAACUCUCGCGCUUGGCAAUGCUUCUGUUUGGUAUUGCCGUUGUCUGCGCAAUCAUUGUUCUGGCAGCCAACGAGUUCUCGAACCGAUCCGAAGUCAUCAUCUACGCAGUUGCCACAGGUCUCAGUAUGAUUCCUGCGUCAUUGAUCGUGGUCUUGACCAUCACUAUGGCAGUCGGCACCAAACAUAUGGUCCAGAGAAAUGUUAUUGUGCGGAAUCUCAAGUCACUUGAGGCACUGGGAGCUGUCACGGACAUCUGCUCUGAUAAAACCGGUACAUUGACACAAGGUAAGAUGGUUGCCAAGAAGGCGUGGAUCCCCAGCCGUGGCACCUACUCGGUGGGUAUCUCGAAAAACCCAUUUGACCCAACAGCUGGUAGCCUUGCACAUUCGGCCGAGGUUCCAGCCAAAGGUCUCCCUGAAGGCGAAUCGCUCUCUGAACAGGACUCGACCCCAGCUAGCAGCCUGCUGGAGAACAAUGCCGAUCUCGAGGCUUUCCUUGCGGUCGCAGGAUUGUGCAACGUUGCCAGGGUCCACAAGAACAACGAGGGCGAGUGGACGGCUUUGGGAGAUCCCACAGAAAUUGCUCUCCAGGUCUUCGCUUCGCGAUUCGACCGCAACCGUCACGGCCUCGUGGACGGUGAGGCUGCGAAGUUCAAGCAGGUCAGCGAAUAUCCCUUCGAUUCGGAUGUCAAGAAGAUGUCGGUGAUCUUCGAGGACCGUAAAACCCAGGAUCAACAUAUCUAUACCAAGGGUGCCGUGGAGAGAGUCAUUGACUCCUGCAUCUCGGUCGUAUGGGACGACGGUCAAAUUGUGGACUUUUCCGAUUCUCUGAAGGACAAAACCCUCGAGGUCAUGGAAGCAUUGGCAUCCCAAGGUCUUCGUGUUCUUGCACUUGCAAGCCGCGAAUACGAUCCUCGCAGUGGUCGACGUGCGUCUCGCGACGGGCCGCCGCCUCGAGAGGAUAUAGAGCGUGAUCUCACCUUCCGAGGCCUGAUCGGCCUCUACGACCCACCGCGUCCGGAGUCCGCUGAUGCGGUCAAACGAUGCCAUCGCGCCGGUAUCAAAGUCCAUAUGCUUACUGGCGAUCACCCCGGCACUGCUAGCGCCAUUGCUAAGCAGGUAUACAUUCUUCCCGACAUGUCAAAGGUCUCAGCAAAUGUUGCAAAGAGUAUGGUGAUGACGGCCAAAGAGUUCGACAAACACACAGAUGAGGAGCUUGACCAGCUGCCUGUGCUGCCUCUCGUCAUUGCGCGCUGUGCUCCGAACACGAAGGUUCGCAUGAUCGAAGCUCUCCGCCGCAGAGACGCUUUCAUGGCUAUGACCGGUGACGGUGUCAACGAUUCCCCUUCCCUCAAGAAUGCUGAUGUCGGUAUCGCCAUGGGGAUGGCCGGCUCAGACGUGGCCAAAGACGCAGCCGACAUUGUCUUGACUGACGACAACUUCGCCUCUAUCCUUAACGCUAUCGAGGAAGGACGACGAAUGUUCGACAACAUCCAGAAGUUCAUCCUGCAUCUUCUCGCCGAAAACAUCGCACAGGCCUGCACGCUCCUCAUUGGUCUUGCCUUCAAGGAUAGCACAGGUCUAUCGGUGUUCCCUCUGGCUCCCGUUCAGAUCAUGUGGGUCAUCAUGAUCACAUCCGGUAUGCCAGAUAUGGGCUUGGGCCUGGAGAUUGCGGCUCCUGAUAUUCUCGAGCGCCCACCGAUGCCUCUGAAAACUGGAGUUUUUACCUGGGAAGUUUGCGCGGACAUGUUGGCCUAUGGCCUAUGGAUGGCCUCGCUCUGUCUCUCCUCCUUCCUGCUUGUCGUCUACGGCUUCGGUGACGGCAACCUAGGCGAGGGCUGCAAUACCUCGUACUCCGACCAGUGUGAUACAGUGUUCAGGGCUCGUGCCACGACCUUUGUGUCACUGACCUGGUUCGCACUCUUCCUUGCGUGGGAAAUGGUCAAUAUGCGUCGCAGCUUCUUCCGUAUGCAACCCAAGAGCAAGAAGUACUUCACCCAGUGGAUAUACGAUGUCUGGAGGAACCCCUUCCUGUUCUGGGCCGUUAUUGCCGGUUUCGUUACGAUUUUCCCGGUACUUUACAUUCCCGUCCUCAACCACGAUGUUUUCAAGCAUACCGGUAUCUCCUGGGAAUGGGGCAUCGUCUUCGUCGAAGCAACGCUCUUCUUCGCCGGCAUCGAAGCCUGGAAAUGGGGUAAGCGCAUCUACUUCCGCCGUCGCGCCAGAAAGAUGGGCCAAACCAGCGAUGACCUCGAGAAGCGGGCGUAUGGCGAGUUCAUUGAUUCCAGUGAAAUCAGCAGCGACGUGGAUGUGCCUGCCAAGGACGAGAAGCACGCUGCACAGACGGCCUGA